GUCCCCCCUUCAUCAAUGCAUCCCAGGACGAGUUGCUCCCUGCACAUCGCGGACUACGACCAUGCUCUUCGCUGUCGUCGCUCUCUCCCUCGUCGCUUUUGCCCGUGCCGGCGAGACCAGCCUCGCCCUCGGCAGCCCGACCUACGUCGCCCAGGGUGUCUUCCCUACCGAGGCGUUUGCUAGCUACUACAACGUCCCCACUCUGACGGACGAGCAGCCGCAGCCAGUCAUCACCAAUGUCCUCACGGGCAAGGUGUUCGCUGCCGGCCUGACUGACCCCAAGAAUAUCCCGGUGAACGACACGUCCGACCCGCGCACGUACCCACCCGCGCUCCUGUCGACCGACGCAGCCGGCCCUCUCGUGCAGAACGCGUUCAAUCAGAUCGUCAACAUUGCCAACCUGAACAACUCUGGCUGGGGCAACAACUGCUCCCGCUGCCUUGCUGGGCUCGAAGUCGCCAAAGCUGUCGCGCUCGUCACCCCCGAGUCGAUCCCUACGCUCGCCGUGAAUCUGUGCAAUUACUUCAAGUUCUCCACCACGUGCCAGAACACUUAUGGACCGCUCGCACUCGGCCAGGUCCUUGCCCAGGUCCUCGCUGCUGCCGAUGUUGCUGGGUAUGACGGCCAGAACAUCUGCAACAACUUCGUUUCCGGUUUCUGCCCUCUCCCUCCCCCCAGCCCGCUCAACAUGACCGGCUACUUUGCCAAGCCCAAGCCGGCGAAUGCAGUUGCUCCUCCUCCCUCUGGACAGCGCGCCAGGGUUCUCCACAUCUCUGACUUCCAUCUUGAUGCGCGUUAUGCUACUUUCGCAGAGGCGAACUGCACUUCCUCCCUCUGCUGCAGGGCGAACAACCCCAACUCGCACUCGCUUAACCAGGUCCUGCUCCCUGCUCCUCGCUACGGGUGGUUCACCUGCGAUACGCCUUACGACCUUGCCCUCGCUGCGCUCCAGGCUAUUCCCGCUGUCACCGGCACCGAGGGCUCCGGCUUCGACUUUACCAUCUUCACCGGUGACCUCGUCUCCCACGAUCCUGAGAACGAGCUCUCCCAGACGUACGUCGAGUACACCGAGACGGUGCUCUACGAUUUGUACAAGAAGUACCUCGGCUCUGGCCCGAUCUACGCCGCGAUCGGCAACCACGACAGCUACAACCAGGCCGAGGACGCGCCUGCUCUGCUCGGCACCCAGCUCGGCCAGGCUAACCUUAGCACCCAGUUCUCCUGGAACUACGACACCCUCUCCACUCUCUGGGAGAACAACGACUGGAUCUCCUCCGAUGUCGCGGCGAUGGCUAAGGCGCACUACGGUGCCUACUCCGUCGCGCGCCCCGACGGCCUGCGCAUCAUCACCAUCAAUACUGACCUGUGGUACAAGGCGAACUACUUCAACUACAUCAACAUGACCAAGUCCGACCCAUCCGGCAUGCUCCGGUUCGUCGCUGACGAGCUACAGGAAGCUGAGGACGCAGGUGAGCGCGCGUGGAUCAUCGGCCACGUCCUUUCAGGCUGGGACGGCUCCAACCCCCUGAACAACCCUACGAACCUGUUCUACCAGAUCGUCGACCGUUACGCACCGCACGUCAUCGCCGGUAUCUUCUUUGGCCACACGCACGAAGACCAGUUCCAGAUCUUCUACGCAAACAACGCUACAAACAUCUCUGCCGCUUCUGCAGGCGCGGUCGCUUGGAUCGCUCCGUCCAUCACUCCCCUUACGAACUUGAACUCUGGAUUCCGUAUGUACGAGAUCGACGCCGUCACGUUCGACAUCCUCGAUGCUCACACGUGGUACACGAACAUCUCCGCCACCGCGUCGCUGGACAACCAGACCGCCCACGGCCCCAAGUUCGUGUACGAAUACAGCACCCGCCAGGCGUACGGGAAGAGCAUCUCCUGGCCCGCCUCGGCUCCGCUGAACGCUACCUGGUGGCACAAGGUCACGGAAGAGUUUGAGCAGAACCCGGCGCUCAUCCAGCAGUUCACGACGUAUCAGGGUAAGACUUCCGUGCUGAGCCCGAACUGCACGAGCGCGGCGUGCGUAGCGGCCAAGAUCUGUUAUAUGCGUUCUGGGUCUGGGCCGAUUGGCAAGACUUGUACGCAAGGAUUUGGCUCGGUGCAGUAGUUGCACGAUGCACGUUGCACGACUGGGUCUGGGUUUCUUUGAAAGAACUUUGAACUUUGUGGGAAUGAAAUGGUUGAUGGGAAGUUGAAAAGUACUCUGUUUUAGAUUGGUAAUCAAUGGGUUGUUG